CCAGUUGGGUUGCGCUGUUUGGGGGAAAUUGGGAGGAAUUUUCGCAUGGUUUUCCUGCGUGUCUGUGUGCUCUGUUUUUCCUCCUCCACCGGGUGUUUAAUCUCGGAUGCAGUAUCGCAGAGGAUACUGAUGUGAUGGAAUUUUCGAAGUGAGAUUCAAAUAUGAAACCGGGGUUCGUUAGUGAAAUGAGGGAUCGGGUGGGUGUGGAUGUGCUGUGAGUGAGAGGAGGACGAGGAGGAGCAGUAAUAGCAGCAGCAGCAGCAGCAGCAGGUGGUGGUGUUGGUGUUGGUGAUGAGGUGGUGAGCCUUCCAGAUGAUGUCGCAUGGCCCACUGCCCCCGCAAGUAAAGGGUCCCCCCCGAAUUGAAGAGCUCUCGUGCCUACCGCACUGCCUUGCGCCUUCACCUUCGCCUUCGCACUCGUGGUCCUUCCUAGUCAAGUGCAUAGUGGCUUACUGUUUUGUUUUUUGUUUUUCUUGUCUCAUCUCCUUCUGUGAUUCCUAUGCGCCGCUGACUCCACUCUCUUGCUGUACCUCCUACCCGCUUCAUCUUUCUCCGUUGCGAUCUGCGCAAGGCACAGCAAGCCUAGCAAGGUAGCGACAGAGAGAGAGAGAGAGAGAGAGAGAGAGAGGAAAGGAGAGGCACGGGCAAUGACCCAUAUUACCACUGCCCUUGCGUGCGCUCCAUCCUUUUUCAGCAAUCUUUACAUGUACCUCUUCGUGCUGUGAUGGCCACAGCUCACAUCGGAUUCUCUUGUGCACCAUGUUGCGGAUUCAUUCAGCCCGUGCUUUAGAUCCUACGUCUAAGGAACUCUCAUUCUCUCCACCCACUCCUGCAUCUUUUUCCCCCUUUCCCCAGGACACAUGGUUGGGCAGUGGUUGGAGCCUCUCGCGGCAGCAUUAGGGUUGGGCUCAUUUACUUCCUCUGCUGUGUACAAUUAAUAUUUGAGUUUUGCUGAGGUGGUCGGGAAAGGCUAGGGAAAGAGGGGCACUGCUCUAGUGUUCCCCUUGGUUUGUCUGAUUGAGUCGUGCCUGUUGUUAGCCCCCUCAUGCGUUUGCACAUUUCGCAAGCUGGGCAACGGUGGCGUGAGGUGGAGUGAAGUAGGGCGCUGCUUAUGGAUGUAUUGAGCUGGAGGACAGCCACAAGAGAACGUUUUGCAUGGACACCUUGUUAGGAGGGCAUGACCUGUGUUUGCAUUAUUCUUCUUCAUUGAAAGAGAAGGUGACCAUGAAAAGUCAUCGGGAUCGCUCAUAUGCCCGUUGGCGGACUUAUGCUCACAGUUGCAUGAGUGAUAUUUACAGAGUAAGGGUGUUGAUAUUAUUAUGCCUAGUAUUUGGUUCUACACUUUUUAUUAGUCGAGCGUCGUCAAUCAUGGGCUGGAGUCAUGAUCGCCAGACUCCACGAGUAUUCCCCAGGUCUGGUUACACGGUGGUAAUAAACACUUGGAAGAGAAAUGACCUCUUAAAGCGUUCAGUAUCCCACUACUCUUCCUGCCAAGGUGUAGAUGCGAUCCGAGUUGUUUGGAGUGAACCUACUCCUCCUUCCGAUAGCCUACGCAGCUCUCUGGAAGGUUUAGUAGAACUUGCGACUCGAAAGAAACACCGGCAUGUUAGUUUGCAGCUGGAUAUUCAUGUUGAUGAUGACUUGAAUAACAGAUUCAAGCCCCUUGAUGGUUUAAGUACAGAUGCCAUAUUGUCAAUUGAUGAUGACGUGCUGGUUCCAUGUGGUACUGUGGAGUCUGCUUUUAGUGCGUGGACGAGUGCCCCGAACAGCAUGGUUGGGUUUGUUCCUCGCAUGCACUGGAUUAAGGCUAUGAAUCUUCCCCUUGGGAAUUAUGAAUACAGUUAUGGAGGAUGGUGGUCAGUGUGGUGGAUGGGUACUUAUAGCAUGGUGUUAUCAAAAGCUGCUUUUAUUCAUGAGAAGUAUUUCGACAUGUACACAAAUCAGAUGCCUGCAUCAGUUCGGCAGUACGUGAAAGAGAAAAGGAACUGCGAGGAUAUUGCUAUGUCUUUCUUGGUUGCAAAUGAAACUGGCGCUCCUCCCUUAUGGGUAAAAGCCAGGAUUUACGAGAUUGGAUCUACAGGGAUUAGCAGCCUUCAAGGCCACAGUGAACAUAGGACUGACUGCCUGAACCAUUUUGUUUCACUUUUCGGGUGCAUGCCCCUUAUCGCCACCCAUGUGAAGGUUGCCGAUGCACGACAUUUAUGGUUCUGGUGACUUGCUGUACUACCUGUAUCUUCUAAUUUGAGUUCAUUAUAACUCUUUCAGACACGGUCCAUUUUCAUAGGAUUGUAUUCUUUCAUGUAAAUACGGAUUUUAGGUUUUGCUACUUUCUUUGUUUCAUUGUUUUGUUAAUUGAUAUGUUGUACUGCUCACCUGCAACCAUUCUAGACGCAAUGUACUAUCCGUGGGUGGUAGUUUGGAAACCAGUUAUGUUGACUAUCAUACUGUAGAACAUCCGGAGCUUCCGCUUCAUAAUCUCAGGCAUGUUGGAUCUUGUGAGGAUGUUCCCGGAGUUUA